ACCGGAACUGCCACAGCCUGCCACCGGAACUGCCUGUUCUGCCUGCCACUGCCACAAGUUGCUUGCUGUCUCUCCUCCUCUGAGUCAGCUGGUCGCGUUCAGUCAGUCACGUGACCUGGCAGACCGGAACAGCUUUGUGAGCAAACAUCGAGGCAGAGCUGCUGGAGUAGCUCGGCAGUUCGCCUUUAUAGCCUUACAAAACUGGGGCUUCUUUUACAGCAGCUCUCUUUCUAGGGUGGUUUUAAUGUUUAUUUGUUUUAACCCUCAUGGCAGCGACAGGACGCCGGGACUCCUCUGCAGAACAAGCAGGCCUGUUCUCCUCUCAAUAUGGGACCCAGUAUGGCUCCACAGAUAGAAGCUGCAGCACGCAUGAUCAUCAGACAAACAGCAACCACAACAAGCAGAACUGUCCCACACCAACGGCAGACCAUUGGGUCAGGGCCGACCAAGAGGAGGAGGCCCUUCGCAGGAAGCUGAAGUACUUCUUCAUGAGCCCCUGUGAUAAAUAUCAUGCAAAGGGCCGCAAGCCGUACAAGCUGGUCCUGCAGCUGCUCAAGAUUGUCAUUGUCACAGUUCAGCUAGCCUUCUUUGGCAUCAGUAACCAGGUGGCCGUCACCUUCAAGGAGGAGAACACAAUGACGUUCAAGCACCUCUUUCUCAAAGACUACGAUCAGUCUUCAGAUGACUCAUUGGCUGUUUACACCCAGCAGGACGUCUAUGACCACAUGUUUUACACUGUAGAAAAGUAUCUCACCUUACCGGAGACCACAGUGGGGCGCUACGCGUACGUCUAUGACAUCGGUGUGAAUGGCAGCGCCCUCUCCCUCUGCCAACAGUACUACAAGAAGGGACAGAUUGAUCCAGCCAAUGAUACGUUCAACAUAGACCCUCACAUUGUCACAGACUGCAUCGGUGUGAAUCCUCUGUCUGUCCCCAAUACUCAGCUCACCAGCAGCUACAAAAACUUCACGCUCAAGUUCCACAAGUUGAUUAAUGUCACUAUACAGUUUCAACUGAAGGCCAUCAAUAUACAGACUAUCAUCAACAAUGAGAUCCCAGACUGCUACACUUUCCACAUUACAAUAGUGAUGGACAACAAGGCUCACAGUGGCAAGGUGAAGAUCUGGUUAGAAAACCAGGCAACAAUAAAGGAAUGUAAAGACCCAAGUGUCUCUGGACAUGCUGAGAGCUAUACACGUGUAACGUUUGACAUGGCUGUUUCUCUGGUGUGCCUGCUGUCUCUCCUGCUUUGUGGACGGUCCCUGCUGCGGGGCAUCAUGCUGCAGCAGGAGUUUGUUCAGUACUUCAAGGAGACUCUGGCUCGUAAAGUGUGCUGGGCAGAUCGGCUUGAGUUUAUCAAUGGCUGGUUUAUUCUUCUCAUCAUCAGCGACAUCUUUACCAUCACAGGCAGUAUCAUCAAAAUUGGCAUCGAAUCAAAGACCAUGUCAUCCUAUGACAUCUGUGCCAUCCUACUGGGGACCUCCACUCUUUUGGUGUGGGUGGGAGUCAUUCGCUACCUCACGUUUUUCCAAAAGUACAACAUUCUCAUCAUCACACUCCGAGCAGCAUUGCCCAAUGUGAUUCGUUUCUGCUGCUGCGUAGCUGUCAUCUAUCUGGGCUUCUGCUUCUGUGGCUGGAUCGUACUCGGACCGUACCACGUUAAGUUUCGCUCUCUGUCGAUGGUGUCGGAGUGCCUGUUCUCCCUCAUUAAUGGGGACGACAUGUUUGUGACGUUCUCGGAGAUGCAGGAGAGCAGCACUCUGGUGUGGGUGUUCAGCCAACUCUACCUCUACACCUUCAUCUCCCUGUUUAUCUACAUGGUCCUGUCUCUAUUUAUCGCUCUCAUCACAGGAGCCUAUGAGACCAUUAAGCACCAAACCCAAGAAUCGAUCCACAUCACAGAUUUGCACGCCUUUAUAGCAGAAUGUACAGAUGCACCAACCUCUGGGAAGUUCAGGGGGAUGGAAACGUCUCCCUGCUCCUUCUUCUGCUGCUGUGACAGAACAACAACAUAUGAAGACGUUUUGCUGGUAAACUGAGGUCAACCUCAACAAUCUGUGAACGCUCAUCAGCCCCCCCUGCUGUCCAGUGGUGUGUACCGCACACUUGGAGUGUGUGCAUCAGCGAUGUUCAUGUGGAUUAAAAAUUCAGUCUCCAUCCACUGGACCUGGUUCUACAAAAAAGGGCCUACACUCUUCCUGCUGGAGCUUCUGGGCUUCCUGUUUGCUGAGUCCAUCGAGACGAGACUGAGAGCUGAUGAAGAACUGAAUGUUUUUGAUGUAUAAGCAUUAGAGCAGCAUCACUGAUGACUGCUGCACAAACAUUUCUGUUAGUUUUUAUUGUUUUUUAGAGCAAAACUCAGUGUUUUUUCUGUGUUUAUGAUUGCACAUUACUGAAGCAGCAGCACAAACUAUCUGUGCAAUACCGGGUGGUACUGCAUUCUUGGAGCUUAGUGUUUUUAUGCUCUUUUAUUUGUUUUUUUCCCUAUUUUAUAAAAUUUCAGAUUAUGCACAUAAUUGGGCCCAAUAUUACCCAUUACAAUUUUUGAUUAAGUUUUAUGAGAUAGAAUAAAAAUCCGAAUUCAGAAACAGAAUAUAUUAGUUUUCUUAUGAAUCGUGCUCAGAAUGAUGUAGCGUGGGCAUCAUUUUGUCUUCAGUGCAGAGGGUUUCCAAACUGCCACGCCCUAUUUCCCUAAGGAGAGACAACAGUGAUGGCCAUUAACGAACUGGAUCUGACUUGAAUAGCCAGACCUUGAUUAGAAAACAAUAGGAGAAAAUGAUGGCAGCAGAGAGCGAACAAUGCCUUAUUUUUUUUUGUUUCUCGUUAGCAUAAAGCUGUCUUGUCUAAAACAGUUGCCCUGUUGGAGGCCUGAAUAAAGUAGCUUUCCUUUUGUUUCAUUUUUUUGUACGCACAAUAGUUUGAGGAGUCUCAGGGGGAAGAUGCCAAGCUCUGUUUGGUGAGGUCUUUGGUCCAAGCUGGACUGGGCUAACAGACUUUAAACUAUUUCAUCUCAUGUUCAGUCCAACAUAUCAUCAGAAUCACCUUUUAAACUAAUUAUGCUGAAGGAUAAUAGAUUAAGGAAAAAAAAUAAAAAAGUGCCUGUUUUAUCAGUGGCUUUAAAUUAAGGAUGUUAUAUCUGUGGGUAUGUUGUCUUCUGUUAUCCAGAUGUAUUUUGCUUGAGUUUUAGUGUUAAUGUGCCUGUACUGUACCUAAGAGACACACAGUUUGAGUUGUUAUACAGUCAUCUGUUUUGUGUCAUAUAGGGUAUAUAAUGAUCUCCUUCCAGUAGGUAACUUACUAAUUAAAAUUCCUGGGUCCCCUUGGA